AUGAAGGCGGCUAGAUAUCACGGGCGUCGCGAUUUGAGGGUCGAGGAUGUGGAUGUCCCACAAAUCGUUGACGGCCAAGUUCUGAUCCAAAUCGAAUGGUGUGGCAUAUGUGGCUCUGACUUGCACGAAUAUCUGGUCGGACCAGGCAUUAUCCCUCAGAAGGAUGCACCACAUCCACUGACAGGGGCUGUGAUGCCUGUGACGAUGGGUCACGAAUUUUGCGGUCGAGUGACCAAGGUUGGCCCAAAGAGCAAGUUCCAGAUCGGACAGCCUGUCAUGGUUGAUCCACGGGUUUUUUGUUCCAAUUGUCAUUCAUGUAACAUCGGGGACACGAAUAUUUGCAAUAGUUGGGGAUUUUUGGGGCUGCAGUCACCCGAUGGGGGAGGUUUCUCGGAAUACGUCGCAGUCAAAGAGGAAAUGUGCCAUGCCCUGCCCGAUUCAAUCCCCUUGUCUGAAGCUGCCUUGAUUGAGCCGUUGACGGUCGCCAGGCAUGCGACCAAAAAAUCUGGUUUCGACGACUAUCGGGACAAGACCAUCCUCGUCCUUGGCGGUGGACCAGUCGGAUUGGCUUUAAUCUUUGUGCUGAGGGCCUCUGGGUUUGGUAAACUCAUCGUGAGCGAGCCAACAAGCCAGCGGCAAGAACAGGCAGCAAAGCUCGUCGACGUGGUGUUAAAUCCCAGGGAAAUCAGCGUGCCGGAGAAAUGCCGUGAGUUAACGAGUGGCAAGGGAGUGGACGUUGUUUUCGAUUGUGCAGGGAUCAUGCCAGGUCUAAAAGAUGGUAUGGAUGCCCUUCGGCGGGGUGGGACAUAUGUUAACGUCGCUGGUUGGGAGAGAGAAUGUAUUGUGCCCAUGGAGCAUUUCAUGUUGAAGGAAAUCAUCUUCCGGGCCUCAAUGAGUUAUACAGAAGAAGAUUUCAAGCAGACUGUGGACGAAUUCGUGGCUGGAAAAUUCGAGGGAUUCGAGAAACUGGUUACGGCGAGAAUAGCGUUGGACGACAUUGUGGAGAAAGGAUUUGAGGAAUUAGUCAACCACAAAGAUGACCAUGUCAAGAUCCUGGUGACCCCCAUGAAGGAGCUGUUGGUUCAAUGA